CAUGUUGAAAUCGAAAAAAUUCUCAUCUCUGGGGGUACAGGGUUUGUUGGCUCCGCCACGGUGCAUGCCCUGGCAGAAAAGCAUCCCUGUUGCGCCAUCACCGUCAUCGACCGCAGCCCCCCACGCCCACCAUAUGCAUUGCCAGAGGGGAUUACAUGCAUGCAAGUCGAUGUGUCCUCUGCGGCCGAGGUUUCCAAGGCAUUCACGAUGGUCAAACCGGAUGUAGUGAUCCACACGGCUGGUAUUGUACCGGCGCUGGCUGACCGAUUCGGUCGAAGGUUGGAGAAGGAGGUGUGGAAGGUCAACGUCGUGGGUACCCAGAAUAUGCUGGAUGCAGCCACAGAAAAUGGGGCCGUUGCAUUCAUUUAUACCAGUAGCUGUUGUGCUGUGACGGACGACAUGCGAUCAUCCUAUGUUAACAUUGACGAGCGAUGGCCCACAUCGCCAACGUCCCUCAUCUAUGGUGAAUCCAAGGCUACGGCGGAGGCUCUUGUUCUCCAGGCAUCAAGCGAUAAAAUGGCGACCUGUGCCCUACGCCCCUCUGUACUUUGCGGUCCAGGCGACUAUCAGUUGGUGCCAGCCAUUCAUGCAUGCAUUGCCAAGUCCGAAACUCCAUUUAUUAUUGGCACUGGAGAUAAUCUGUGGGAUGUCACUCAUGUGAGCAACGUCGCCGAUUCGCACGUCCUAGCUGUGGAGAACUUGAUGACCUUCCGCACAGCGGCCGGAGAGGCGUUCUUUAUCCAAAACAAUGAACCCAUCACUUUUCGGGAUUUAUGCCUGGCGGUAUGGGCGCAUUUCGGGCAUAACCCGCCCUUCGAGAUCCGAAUUCCGAUAUGGCUAGCGUACUUUGCAGGGUUGGUCUGUGAAAUCGUCACCUGGGUGACUGGGACCACCACAACCUUGAGUCGAGGGAGUGUACGAGAUGCAUGUGCUAUACGGUAUGCUAGCGGCGAUAAGGCAAGGAAGAUAUUGGGGUACGAGGCUCGCAUUGGCAUGGAGGAUGCCAUUCGUUUGAGCUGUGAGGUAAGCCGAGAUAUCAUCGUACCAGAUGGUAUCGAUUCAAAUCGUUCAAAGGUAAAUUCAGCGACUUACCUCGGAUCCGCAGGACUAUGCUCGCCGUAUCGGAGUAAAAAUCCCUGUCCAAAUCGAUCAAAGAUAUCGGACACGAAUCCAUGA